AUGACCCCCUGCACUGCCCUGGCCACUGUUCAGCUCUCCAGGCCCUUCUGUGAGUUCUUUCAAGGGAAGAACAUGACCCAGAGGCCGGGAGACUGUGGAUUGGUCCAGAUGGAUGCUUAUUUGCAUACUCUUCCCUAUGUAACCUCCCCGCUGCUGCUUCUGGUGUCAGGGUCUUGCAUCGAAACUGUCAAUUUCCUCACCUUUGAGGAAGAAGCCCCCCGCACCUUCAUCGGUGUUCUGUCGGACCACAUCCUGUUUAAUUACCAGCGCGAGGUGCCAGGCCAGUUCCGCCUGAUUAAGUUCAACAGCUCGCUGAUCCAGGUGCAAGAGGGCGACGUGCUCGGAGACUUGGGCCUGGACCUCGAGCGGCUGUGCGGCCAGGCCUUCAAAGUGGUCAGCUUUUGGCAGGAGCAGUUCCGGCUGGUGCACGUGGAAGUGGAGGUGAGGGACGUCAACCACCACGAGCCACGCUUUCCCCGGGCCCAGAUCCCGGAGGAGGUGCCUGAGGGCGCGGCCGUGGGCACGCGCAUCCCCCUGGAGGUGCCCAUAGACGAGGACGUGGAGGCCAAUGGACUGCAGAGCGUUGCCUGGCCGCACAGCCCCUUCCGCGUGGAGCUGCAGACGCGCGCGGACGGUGCCCAGUGCGCCGACCUGGUGCUGCUGCAGGAGCUGGGCCGCGAGAGCCAGGCCGCCUACAACCUGGAGCUGGUGGCCCAGGACGGAGGCUGCCCGCCGCGCUCCGCCACGGCCGCCCUCAGUGUGCGCGUGCUGGACGCGAACGACCACAGCCCGGCCUUCACGCAGGGCGCCGUGGCCGAGGUGGAGCUGUCGGAGGACGCGCCCGUGGGCUCGCUACUGCUCGACCUGGACGCGGCGGACCCCAACGACGGCCCCAACGGCGACGUGAUGUUCGCCUUCGGCUCCCGUACCACGCCCGAGGCGCGCCGCCUCUUCCGCCUCAACCUGCGCUUGGGCCGCCUCACCCUGGCCGGGCCCGUGGACUACGAGCGCCAGGACACUUUGGACGGGCGGGCACAGGACUGGGGCCCCGGGCCCCGCGCCGCCACCUGCAAGGUCAUCGUGUGCAUCCGCGACGUCAAUGACAACGCGCCGGACAUCGCCAUCACCCCGCUGGCCGCCCCGGGCGCGCCUGUCGCCUCGCCCUUCGCCGCCGCCGCCGCUGCUCUCGGGGGUGCGGACGCGACCUCGUCGACCGGGCCCGGGACGCCAGAGGCCGGAGCCAUCUCGCUGGUGCCAGAGGGGGCGGCACGCGAGAGCCUGGUGGCGCUGGUCAGCACCUCGGACAGGGACUCGGGAGCCAAUGGGCAGGUGCGCUGCGCCCUCUAUGGGCACGAGCACUUCCGGCUGCAGCCGGCCUACGCGGGCAGCUACUUGGUGGUGACCGCGGGGUCGCUGGACCGCGAGCGCAUCGCCGAGUACAACCUGACGCUGGUGGCCGAGGACCGCGGCGCGCCCCCGCUGCGCACCGUGCGGCCCUACCUGGUGCGGGUGAGCGACGAGAACGACAACGAGCCGCUCUUCACGCGGCCGGUCUACCAGGUGUCGGUGAGUGAGAACAACCCACCUGGGGCCUACUUGGCCACGGUGGCCGCCAGGGACCCGGACCUGGGCCGCAACGGCCAGGUCACCUACCGGCUGCUGGAGGCCGUGUCCACCUACGUCUCACUGGACCCCGUCACUGGGGAGCUGCACGCACGACGGUGCUUUGACCGCGAGGAAUUGGCUGAGCUGCGGCUGGGGCUGGAGGCGCUCGACGGCGGCUCUCCGCCGCUCCGGGGCCGGGCCGUGGUGCGGCUGCAUGAGGAGGACCAGAACGACCACGCCCCGCCACUCGUCAGUGACUCAGCCCAGGCCCCUCUGCCCCGGGACGCGCCCCUGGGCUACCUGCUGACCCGACUUCAGGCUAGGGACGCGGAGCAAGACCUCAACGCGGAGCUGACCUACAUCCUGCUCCGCAGCAACUGCGGCCCCGGGGCGCUAGCUCUACACCCGGCCACGGGUGAGCUGUCCCUGCAGUGCCGCCUGUCCCCGCAGCCCGCCGACCCGCUGACGGCGGCCGUAGUGGUGAGGGACGGAGGCCGGCCGGCCCGGGGUUUUGACCAGUGGCUGCGGCCUUCCGCCGGUGGCCAUCGUCACCGUGACUUGUUCCUGCUCAGGACAUCAGGGGCUGAUCCUGGGAGGUUCGACCCAAGCUUCUUCGUGGAGACACCGCGGCUUUCCAUUUCCUCAGAGGCGCAGGAGAACGAGUCUGCCGAGACUUCCCAGUGCGGGAACAGUGCGGUGUCCUUAUGCCCCUCGCCUCCGAAGAGAAGCGGGAUCCCCUGGGCCCAGGAAAAAUUCUCCACAGAUGAGGGCAGGAGGAGGCCUGAUGCUCAUGUGUUCCUGGAGGUCCAUGUCUAUUCCUGCUGUUUCGGCCCCUGGACACAUUCAAAUCCAGAUGAGUUUAGUGUGAGAGAUAGUGGAAAAGGAGACAGUGAAUUGAAUGACGACAGUUCUGAUUUCAAGAAAGCACCUUUUGGAAUGAUUGCAAAGCAAGAGGAUCUGCCUAGGAGCCUGGCUGAUAUGUCGGAUCGUGAAGCCAAGGGGCAGGGUGCAGGCAUGGUGGUAGGGGCCGUGAAGGUGGUUGAGGGGAAACACUCUAGUUGCUUCCAGACUAAGAAGGACCCUGGAGGGUGCGCACACCCUGCCUUCAACUCUCCAGACACGGGGAUGGGAAACAAAUCCACUGAACCAAGUAAGAUUAAGCUGCAAACCCUGGCUCGGGAUGCUCGUCAGGCAGCCGUCUCCCUGCUGGUUUCACAGAUUGUGGUGUUGAAUCCCAAGCCCAGGCUGUCCCACCGCCCAGGCCGCCAAGCACCACACACUCCUCUAAUGUAUCACAAUUACCGAGACAGCUGCACUAAGCAGAAGCCUUCCUCCCCUCCCUACCUGAGCAUCCUGCAGGGCGCGGCUCAGCUAAAUCAAGAUGAUGAGGAUUGGCUGACGGCCUGCUUCCUGGAGAGCCUCAUUCUCACCACUUUCUUCCCCGCCCUGGCUGUCUUUCCAAAUGCCUAA